CUACUUACAGAAGUUAAUGCCAUGUAAUAUUUCCUUACAAAUUCACUUUACCACUCAUUUUAAGUACGUUAUUGAACAUUCACAUUUCGAGUUCUUAACAUUGACUGAAUACCCUACUCACUGCAUGUUGUUAUGAUUGCGAAUAUAGGGCUUGCAGGCAAAAUAACGAACGGGAGACUGUCCUGCCUCCCCUGAAAUAUUUUUAGUUAAUCAAUUAUCUGCUCCGCUAUUCGCUUUUGGAAACUCUGUUUUUGAAAUUUUUUUCUUGUUUCCUGCUUUUCAAAUUGACAAAUGUGUUUACGAAUAUUUUAGCAGGUUCUUUUGACGUUGAAGAUGAAGAGAAACAUGCUGAAAGUCAUAACGAGAUCAAAGAUGCCGAUUCAGCAGGUUCUUUUGACGUUGAAGAUGAAGAGAAACAUGCUGAAAGUCAUAACAAGAUCAAAGAUGCCGAUUCAGCAGGUUCUUUUGACGUUGAAGAUGAAGAGAAACAUGCUGAAAGUCAUAACAAGAUCAAAGAUGCCGAUUCAGCAGGUUCGUUUGACGUUGAAGAUGAAGAGAAACAUGCUGAAAGUCAUAACGAGAUCAAAGAUGCCGAUUCAGACAUUCAGACAGGGUGGCCCUUCCUAUUUGAGAGUGGAUUUCUAGACGAACAUUUCAUCUACAAGGCAGGGCAAAAUGAGUUGCUCAAUAAUCUGGACGAAAAAUCGAUCAAUGUCUGCAGGGUGUUCUCUGACAUUCUAAUAUUCUUAAUAUGUGUCUAUUGAGAGGAUAAUAUUGGCAACAGUGGAGGAUUUUUUAAUGGAAUAACGUAUGUAAUCAUGGCAUAUUUUUGCCUUUGGCGUACCCAAAGAAGACUGCUUCUAUUCUUGAGUUCAUUCAAAGAUAUUUCAGUAAGCAGACGGUAAAACUGAAGAAAAGAAAAUUUGACAUGAGAUCAACCCCGAGGUUCGGAGGUUGCUGAAGAAAAUAUGCAACCUCUAAAAUAUGCGAACUCACUAUAUAUAAUUUCGAAUACACUGUGUAACGAAAAAACUCACAGUUAUUUUUUUAUCUAGUUUCCCUGUUGUCUUCCUUUUUAUCUAGUUUCCGUGUUUCUUUUUAAAGUUUGAUUUUGUGAAAGUGGGGGAUUUCCCUAAAAUCGUUUUAUUUUUUGUAGAAACUUGUAUGAAAACUUUCAUUGUAAUAGUCUGGUGCAAUUUCUCUCUAGGGUUUUGAUAUUUCAUAGUUAUAUUCCUUGUAUUCUAUGUAAGACAUCUUGAAUUAAAAAACUCAAAAUCGAUCAAACAAGUUGUAUUUUUCUAGAUUUUCAACUACUGUCCAAGUAGAUUUUACAAGUAAGUCCUCAUAUCCAUUCACCUAUCCUUCGCUCAUAAUACUGUCAUUGGUAAAGGACGUUAACGUAUUCAAUAUGCAUAUUGAAUUUGUGAACGUUCAUUAUCAAUGGCGGUACAAUGAGCGAGAGAUGGGUGACUCUCUAUAUUAGUACCUAAAUCGACUUGUAGGAAAUCUAGAAGAAAAAAACACUUUUUUUGA